AUGCUUCAACACUGUGUUGUUAUCCUGAAAUUAUGCCAUGCAUUGACCAAGAAGCUCUCCACCAUUCAGCUUAAUUCAGUUACACCGAAGCUGAACAAACAAAUUCUCAAUGCAACAGCGCGAAUUAUGCCACGUUUUGAUGAUUUGAUGCGAGCAAUGGCUGCCAAUCAUGUUGAUAUACGUCUUCUGGAAGCACGUGCUUCGUCUCUUGUAAGUACAUGUUGGAUGCUUGCAUUUCCAUUUACAGUGAUCAGCCCGAAACAUCUGAAUGCGUUGGAUCGCUUGUUAUACCAUUUAGAGCAAAAUGCUACUGCUGCUGCUACUGCUGCUGGAAAAAAUAAUAUUCCGGAUGGCAAGCCACUGCUACAGCCGCUAGCAACAGUCAUCGAAGAAACAUCACUGAUGGAAUCGUCGACGGAUCGAAACGAUUCCACCACUGAAUCACAGCAUAGUGACGAAGCGCCAGCUGAUCCUGGUGCUCCGGUAACACCCUCGUAA